AUGCAUUCGAGAGGACUCGUAUUUUCAGCACUUUUUGCUCUGUUGAACCCGCACGUCGGAGCCUCUGUCCUAGGGCCUCCGUCGACACUGGUCAAAUUAUCGUAUGGCUCAUUCGAGGAAAAGGCGGCGGAGAAUCUGGUUGAAUUCCUGGGCAUACCUUUCGCAGUUCCGCCUGUCGGGAGGCUCAGAUUUGCACCACCUGUACCCCCAACACCGUUCAAAGGCGUUCAGCAAGCGACUUCUUUCGCAGCUGCUUGUGCCAAGCAGGUGUUUGAAAACCCGUUAUUUCCAGGCCCUACCACCCCUCCGAAGACUGUACGCACAUCUGGCACCCUCAUUCAAUAUCUCGUAGUGCUCAUAAUAAUUUUAGGUCUUUAUCUCAAUGUAAUCAGGCCGGCGAUGAUUCCAUCAGGUCGAAAGCUACCUGUUCUCGUCUAUAUCUAUGGAGGCGGCUUUGUGAUUGGAGACACGACCCAAGUUUAUGGCAACACUUUGGUGAAUAGGUCAUUAGACCUCGGAGAGCCGAUUGUUUACGUGACAGCGGCCUAUCGUCUGAAUGCUUUCGGUUUCUUGGCGGGUAAAGAAGUUAAGGAUGCAGGAAUAGGGAAUUUAGGUCUGCGAGAUCGUUUAUUCUGCGCCGCCGCCAUGGAAUCAGGCUCUCCACUCGUUCUUCCCGACAUUCUCCAGCAACAGAGAUAUUUCGACAGCGUUGUUACCGACACGAACUGCACCACUGCGCCUGACAAGCUCGAGUGUCUCCGAGAUGCCCCGUUUGAGCAGCUAGUAGCUGCAGUCGACCGCACACCGUCGCUGUUUGCGUACCAGAGCCUGAAGGUCGCGUGGAUGCCCGUGGUUGAUGGGGUUGUUAUCGUGAGGGAUCCACUUAUUUCGUUGCAGGAGGGGAAGUAUGCAAAGAUACCGUUUAUCACCGGGACAGUGGAGGAUGAGGGAACUCUGUUCUCGUUGGGAAACAUGAACAUUACAACCAACGCCCAGUACCUCGAAUACAUGAAAUCCAACUACUUCCCAUCUAUCUCGGACGCCGAUUUGGCAGCGUUGGAGGUCGCUUAUCCUGAUGACGUCACACAGGGCUCGCCAUUCGAUACGGGCACGGCCAAUGCUUUGACCAGCUUCUUGUUGAAUACCACUCUCAUAGGGUAUCUACGCCACAGCGCCACUCCCUCACCGCUUGGCGUCAUUCACGGCGGCGACAUUGAUGAAUUUGCUGGGGUUGGUAACGGCACCGACUUCAUUGGCGCAGACGCUCUCAUCUACUUCACUCGAAACCUCGAUCCAAACCCACCUGCAGACGAAAAGCCUGCUCCGGAACGCUAA